GGCGAGAGGUGAGGUGGGGCCGCCCGGCACGGGGCCACGGCGCAGUUGCUACUCAGACACGGGGAUGCUCGCAAUGCCUCUAUCAAAGACGCGUCGCACUGUGUUGUUAUGUGUUGUAAUAGUAAUUAUUUCAUUGAAAAAUUAAUUUUACCGUUAACAAACCUUGUUACGCAACAGUUUUGUCUGUGUAAUUAUCCACAUAUUGCCGAAGAAUUUAUAUAAAAUCAUAACAUUAUCAAGUCUGAAGAACCAACUCACGUUUUUAAAUAUUUGUUAUUUGACCAAACUGAAAAACAUCCUUGUUUAUAAGUCACGGAUAAAUUUAUUGAAUAUUUAUUGUUUUAUCAAAAUUUAAAUUUUAAUAAAAAAAAAAGUAAACGACGAAGUGAUAUUUGAAGAAAAUAAGAAAAAAAAUAAAAAAAAAACAAAAAAAAAUUGAAACGGAAAUAAUUUAAAGAAAAUAAAAAAAAAAAAAAAAAGGAAACAAAAAUAAGAGUGCGAGAAACUGAGAAACAAAAUUAAAGCAUUGCCUUAGAAAAAUUAAUUUUUAACAAAAAAAAAUUAUUAAGGAACUUAAGGGAGGAUACGUUAACUAAAAAAAAUAAAAAAGAAACUUUAAGAAAUUUUAUCGUUAAAAAGUAACCUUUAGACAAAUUGUAAAGAUACUAAAGUAUAUUUUUAACAAGUUUUGAGAAUUUUAGAUUUUAAAAAAAGUAAAUUUAAAUGACGAAUUAUUUAAAUAAUUAAAAUAAAAAAAUUACAAAGAAAAAACUCAAGAAUAAUUUAAAAAUUAAAUUUUAAAAAUAAGAAUCUUUAUAAAUAAAAAUGUGAUCUAAAAGUCGUUGCUACCAAGAAAGCCUUAUGUCCUUGUUUCAGUUAGUUCGGUUCAAAACCUUCGAGCGGGAGACGCAUUGCAGCGAUAAAUUCCCGCGUAGGAGAGGAAGACUGGACAAAGCGGAAGAAGCAGAUUAAGACGAGAGAAGUUAAAAAGAAGAGAAGAAGAAGGAUUAAGAAUUAUCAGCAAACUCGUACCGAGAUAGACACUUGGGGGGUUUUAUUAUCAGUUUAAAUCUGGAUUUAAGUGGCUGAUUUAUGAAACAGUGAUUUUUUUAAAAAAAAUAUAAAGGAUUUGAGGGCGCGAUAGAUUUUGUUUGUGCUAGUGAGUAACGUAUUUUGAAAAUACAAGGGAGUAAUGAAAUUACAAAGUGAAAUUCAGGAAAAUAAUUAAGUGUGACCGUAAGCUUCAACCCCCCGAGUUGUUGAUAAUCCGCUUGAAGGCCGCAUAAUUAUAUAUUUCAGUGUGUUCAAAAAACGAGUGUACCUAAGUGCAAUAUUUAUUAAAAAAUAUUAAAAAAAAAAAAAACUCUUAAGCGAUAGUUUAAUCGGUUAAGAAAAUGCGGUUUUAAAAAAAGUUACAUGAUUAACAAAGUGAUGGUGCAGACUAGGAAUAAUCUUAAAACUUAUUGAGUCGCAUUAUUAUUUAAACUCGAGGUAGAGUCUACGGACAUAAAACAACCAACGACUUUUACUAAAUAGUAAUAUUUAUAAAUAUAUAAAUAAAUAAAUAAGCAAGAAGGAAGAAGCUGGUAAUAAAAAUUGACUCACAAUCCAGGGGCAGUCGUUCCGUAACUCGAUAAUAAUUACACGGGGGUGAUUGUCAUUGACGGCGGAUAUUAUUGUCAUCAACGAAGAAGUGUAAGAAGGAUCCUUGGAAAGACAAUACCCCGACACUACACAUACGCACACACACAACACGAACAAAAAACGGGGCUUAAAAACUCAGGGCAAAACGGGACGAAUGUUGGGAUAAAAGUCAAUGAGCUUCGAAAAAUAAAACUGUUUUUAAUUUACAAGUCGUGUCCGUGUAACUCUGUCUCGUUUACACCGUCCGGGCUGGGCAAUCCUGAAUAAUAAUAAUAAUAAUUGAUAGAUUGUAAUUAAGGAUAAUUAUUGAUAAUAAAGAAACCUGAACUUAAGUGUAUGAUAGAUAUUCAUAAGUAGAUAGAAAUAAAUAAGAGUGUUCUACGCCAGGAACACGCGCGUAAUAGAUAAUAGAGGACAGAAUCGAGGAGACGGUCUGUUGAGGAUUAGAUAUAUUGAGACAGUGUAAUAAGUGUGUGAUUAAAGUUAGCUUUGAUGAGCCAAGAAAAUUAUAAAGAUUUUAAGAAGAAGCUAAAGAGGUUGACGUCGUCGCUUAGAGGACUGGCGUCGAGGUCAAAAAUACGGGAACGAUAGUAGGAGGUGAGUGUUGUGAUCGUAAGGGUGGCUUUUGUUGGCUGCCCUUGACAAUACGUUUAGGAUAAAGUUAUUGGGAUAAUAAUAGUGAUAGUGUCAAAUAAUAAUAGUCACGAUAACGCGGUGGACAACUCAAGUAAUCGAGCUGGUGCUGCUUAAAGGUUAGAGUUGUGCCAAAAAAGCGGGCAAGCUGCGCCGUAAGGGGGUAGCACGGGCUUCGCGCGAAGGCCUCAAGAUUUCGGACGCGACGGCGGCCCUGGACCUGCGCGCCCAGACGCAAGCCCAUCCGGAUUUUGUUGGCCUGGAGCAGCAGCAUCACCAUCAGCAGCAGCACCAGGUCCAAACAAGUCCGGAUCAGCACUCACAGCAGCAGCAGCAUCAACAGCAACAACAUCAACAGCAACAACACCAGCAAAGGCAUUUGCUACAGCAACAUCAUCAUCACCAUCAUCUCUCGAAUCACCAUCACACUGGAGAUUCGGGGGGUGGGUUAGGCGGUGGCGGAGCUGCUGGACCAGGACCAGGUGUUAUAAGUCCUGGUAUCAGUGUAGAUAACAAUAUUGUACAGAAUCAAGCUGUCGCAGUGGCAGCAGCAGCAGCAGCAGCCGCCGCAGCAGCAGCAGCUGUCGAGGAAGCCAGAAGGCUGCAAGACGAAGAAGAAGAUAUCACAGAACGUGAAGACGAGGAAGAAGACGAGGAGCCAAGCUCGCCGGAGCCAGAUUUGGAACCGGACCAAGAGCCAAUGGAAGUCCAGGCAUCAGCGGUCUCCGCUGCAGCAGCAAAUCUGCAUGCAUUACGGCAGCAUGUCUUCAAAAUGUCAGAUUAUUGGCAGCAGCCUCAGAGAGGACCACCCCAGACAUCACCCGGGUUGCAGCAUAGUCCGCUACAAAAUUCCCAGCAGCAGAUACAGGUUCAGGUUCAACAGCAGCAGCAACAGCAACAACAACAGCAACAGGCACAGCAGCAUCAGCAAGUACACAGCCCGAUGCACAGUCCGCUGGGGCAACAGCAGCAACAGACUCAGACCAACAAUAGUGGCACAUUGGGCGCCAACUCGAGCUUGGGGCCUAGUCCUAAUCAAAUGCACCAUGCGAUGGCUAUGAGCCAACAGAAUUCUCAGCAACAAAGUGGGCAUCAGUCAUCGCCUGCCCCGACGACGCCGUCGCCUCAUCAACGGGAUCCCCAUCAGGCGGGAACCAUAAGCUCGACAAUGGCUCAGAGCUUACACAAUCUUGCUCAAGCUCAAGCUCAAGCUCAACAGCAACAACAGCAGCAGUCAAUGUCACAGGCUUCGAGCCCAUCGCUGACCGUCCAAGCUGUCCAGGCAGCUCAAGCGCUCAAUCAAAACCUUGGACAGGCACUCAGUCAGGCCUUAUCUCAAAACAUGCAGCAAAAUCUGGGGCAGACUCUACAGCAUAAUCUGGCCCAGAGUUUAACGCCCACUUUGUCGCCUCAGCAGCAACUGCUCAACCAGCCGCAGAAUCUCAGCCAAAGUCAGAGUCUCCAGCAGAGUCUGCAGCAGAACCAAGCCCAGAACUUAUCACAGUCGCUGCAACAGCAAGCGCAAAACCUGUCACAGAACUUGGGGCAGUCAUUGAACCAGCAGGCGCUUCAACAACAGGCGCAAAACCUCUCUCAGAACUUGCAGCAGCAGGCCCAGAGCUUGCAGCAGCAGGCGCUCAACAUGGCUGGAGGAAUGAACCAAAAUGGGGGCAUUCCGGGCAUGAAUGUGCCCCAAGGAAAUCAACAAAAUUCACAAAAUUCAAUGAUGAGUCCUGGAACUGGGAGCCAGGACUCGCAUGACGCCACUCUCACCGAGAAAUUAGUUAACGAGCUUCAGUCUCGUGCUACGGCUGCUGGUCUAGGUGGUGGUGGUCCUGGUGCCGGGGGUGGAGGAAUGGCUAACAUCAACGAACGCACCCUCGAGGAAUGCUGGUCAACUCUGCAGCGAUUCUUCUCGCAGAUCUUCAUGCACAAGAGCGCGAUGCAGAGUGCAAUGCACGCUCGAGAUCUGGGUCCAGGCGGACUUGGCAGACCAGGUGGAGUUCCCGGCGGUCUUGCUGGUCUUGGAGUCGGCGUUGGCGUUGGACCAGGCGGUAUGAUUACCGGCAACGAAGUUAAACCACACCAGUGUCAGCAAUGUCUUAAAUCAUUCUCAAGUAAUCAUCAACUAGUACAACAUAUUAGAGUUCAUACCGGUGAGAAACCUUACAAAUGCAGUUACUGUGAUCGAAGGUUCAAACAACUUAGUCAUGUACAGCAACAUACACGGUUACAUACCGGUGAACGACCGUACAAAUGUCAUUUACCAGAUUGUGGUCGUGCAUUUAUUCAGCUAUCGAAUCUUCAACAACACCUGAGAAAUCAUGACGCGCAGGUAGAAAGAGCUAAAAAUCGCCCAUUCCACUGCGGCAUCUGUGGCAAGGGCUUUGCGACCGAGUCCAGCCUGAGGACCCAUACGUCGAAGGUCAGUCAUCAACAUGCGGGACUUAUUGGAGGGCCCAAUGCAACAAGCUGUCCAAUCUGUCACAAACUCUUCCUCGGAGGUGAGGCACUCAUGGAACAUAUGAAGAUCACCCACAAGGAUCCAAAUGCUUCUGGUGUUGCCAUUCCCCCUGCUGACUGCACCACCUCGGUUGCUGGGGUUUACCUAGCGAAACGUCGGACUGCGAACCAUCCUUGCCCAGUUUGCGGGAAGCACUACGUCAACGAAGGAAGCCUGAGAAAGCAUCUGGCAUGUCAUCCGGAAACUAGUCAACUAAGUACGAAUUUAAGGAUGUGGCCGUGUUCUGUUUGUCAAGCCGUCUAUACCCAUGAGAGCGGUCUCCUGAGUCAUAUGGAACAUAUGAGAAUGGAUCCUAAGCACCAGUUUGCUGCUCAAUAUGUACUAAGUCGUGCGGCUGCUGAGAGACGUGAAAGAGAACUAUUAGCUGGCUCUAGUUUAGGAGCAGGUCUCGGUGUGUUGACGAGUCAACCAGGUGGACCACAAAAUUUACAGCAACCACCAAUGUGCCCAUCGCCAUCGGCUCAUUCCGAGAGCAGUAGUGGCAACGGAAGGCUUUCAUCAGCCGGUAGUGAACCUGAUUUUUGUGCAGGCACCGGACUACUGAACAACAACAACAAUAAUAACAACAAUAAUAUGGCGUCACCGGGACCAAGUGGUAACAAGUUGAGUGAAAUGCUGAGAGCGGGUAGUCAAUCAACGGCCCAGCAGUAUCACGAUGAAAUGCAAUCACAGCAGCAAAGAAUGGCUGUUAUGGCGGCUGCUGUUCAAGCUGCUGGUCUUCAAAAUUCCGUAUCGCCAAAUUUGUCGCCAGUGGACGUAGCAUCCCUAGCAGCAGCAAUGAGAAUGGGCGGUAACAACAACGAUAUAAAUGCAAACCAACAAGGACAAACAGGUCCCCAACAACAAGGUGUACAAAACAAUAAUUCCGAGCAGGCAUUGCGAAUGCAUCAAGCCGAAGCACUGCUACGAUCACAAGCCGAAGCUGCCCUCAGACUCGCGGUAUCACAAGCAGCAGCAGCUGCAGCGAGUUCCGCUGUCGGAAGCGACAUGAGGCACCACUUAGGACAGCACAAUGGAGGUGGUGGAGCGUCUGGUAUGCCAGGGCAUCACACAAACCAGCAAUUAUCGCAACAAGACAGUUUGUCACCAGAUCUAGGGGAGGCGCUCCGACUGCAGGAGCAACGAUUAGAGCAGGCACUGAGGCUACACGGUGACCCACGUGCCCUCGGGUUCACACUCCAGCACGUUGUUAACCAACAAAACAAUCAGCAACCAUGAAAGUUCAGUUACUACUGAGACGAGUGGACCCCUUGGGCUAACGAGACGUCCUAUCCGGUAGAGCGCGAGUUCCAGCAGCAGCAGAACCAGCAGAUGAUGCAGCACCAGCUACAGCAGCAUCAGCAACAGCUCCAGCAGCAGCAGCAACAGCUUCAACGCUCUAUGCUAGCUGACCAGUCUGUCACCGGGCAAGAUCUUGAGGACCGCGGUGUCAAGAGGAAGGCCGACGACAUGACCGCCGGUGAAAGCACAUAAACUCUUGGCCGAAUAUAAAUAUCUAUCUCAUAACCCAAGUGGUCAUCAACGAAUACACUCAUUGUCUCAGCAGUAUCGCUAAUUACAAACUAAAGUAACAAAUUUAAAUGAUUAUUUAUUAAUAAUAAUGAAUACUACUAUCGGACAAUAUUAAUUACUGAAUAUAAUUAUACGGAUUUGAUGAUAAGUAUCCGUAAAAUUACAUCCAGAUCGAUGAAAAAAACCCAUUCCAUGUUUAUGCAUCGAUAUAUUUCGUUAAAGGUCUCGUUGUUCUUUAUUGUCAAGCUCAAUAGUCAUAAAUAAACAUGACUAUAAAGCUUGGGUUUGACAAUACAGAGCAAUGGCGGCCGAAAAACGUGCCAUAAAAAAAAUGUAACUGUGUGAAAUCGUCAAGUGAGGAUUAAAAGACGCAAUUGACAUCACGGGCUUGUCAGUUGUGUCUUAUUGUUUCGCUUAAGAACAAUAUUUAUGAUAAAUCGAAGCACACUGUCUCAUUUAAAGACACUGAUAUGUAAAUUAGUCUGCGAAGGUAUGUGUGAUUUUUGAUAACUCAUGUACCGACCGACUUGAUAACUGUCCUGACCGACUUUAUCGACUGACUAUAAUAAAAAAUAUAUAAAUAUACUAAACUAAAAUAAAAUAAAUAAUUAAAUAACGAUAAUAAUAAAUAAUAAAUAUAACAGUAAAAUAUAAAUACACUAUUACGCGCAAAAAAUAUUAAAAUUGUACACAUUUGAUAAUUAGUUGAUAAUUAUGUGCUUGGCGUGGCACAUUUUUAAUAAUAAUUUAUUACUCGUAAGUCAUAUAAAUAAAUUAUUAGCUUAAGAUGAACAAAAUAUUACAGUUAUAUAUAUCUAUAAAUAUAUAUAUAUAUAUAUAUAUAUAUAUAUAAAUAUUAAGCGUACAUUUACACUGAACACAAACACGCUGAUAACGCGCAAGUGACUUUUUUUUUCGUCUCGUAAAAUUUCAUGAGAGUUAAAAAAAAUUUAAUUAUAAAUAAAAUGCUAUAUAAAUAAAUAUAUAUAUAUAUAAAUAUUAUAAAUAAAUAAAAGUAUAGGGUUUAUGAGUCUAGGAUACUAGUGUGAAUUUGGGGUUCAUAAGAAUUCGUGCAAUUUUUUAUUUCUUAUUAUAAAUAAAUAAUUGAUUAUUAAUUAAUCGAGUGGAAGUGCGUGAGAUUUGCACGGAUACUUAUGGACGCGGCUGAAUGUUUUAAAUAAAUUUAUGGAUGGAAGUAUGAUUGAUAUAUAUAAAUAUAUAUAUAUUUUAGACUGUUUAAAAAAAAAACGGAUUUUUUUGUUUUCGUAUUGAAAAUUUUUGGGCGUUGGCGGGAAAAAUUUUCGAGUCUUGCAAAUGGAAGAAAAAAUGGCGGGUUUUUAAUUUAAAUUUCAAAUGGGAUUUUUUGGCGGGAAUUUUUUGAGAAUAAAAAAAACGGGAUAAAAAAGAUUUGUAGAGAAUUUUGUUCGCUACAAAAUUUUUUGAGACCCGAGGUAAAUUUGAUUGUUAAAAAAAAUGGCGGUUUAAAAUUCAAAUUUGGGGUUAAGUAUUUACUGAAAUUAAAAAAUGUAAACAGUUUUUUUUAAAAGAAGUAAUGAGUCAUUGGAAAACUUCUGCAGGGAAAAAAAAUUGAGUUCAGAGAAUAUUUUUGAAGACAAAUGUUAUUGGGAACUAAGUCAAGAUUUUUUUGAGCUAAGAAAAUUUGUCUUGGUCGGAAAUUUCUAUUUUAUCGAAGAAAAUUGAGGUUUGAAAAAACAUUUUCUUGAAUCAAGAAUAUUACCUUCAGACAAUUUUAUUUUCUGUGUGAGUGUAAAAAAAAGUCAUGAAAUAUUAAAAAUUUUUAACAAUAAUUGGAAAAUUUAAUUAAAUUUAUGUACAAAAAUUAACUUAACCUUCAAAGAUCACAAAGGGUCUGCAGACCCCAGCGUUUUUGAUUGACUGUAAAAAUCAAAGUAGUCAAUAUUAAUACUAAAAAUUUAAUCGAUAUUAUUUCAAAAAUUUGACAAAAAAUGGAAAAAGUAACUUUCGCAUUAAAAAAAGAUAGAAAUUGAUCAAUUUUCAAUAUUUUCUUCGAAAUCUUGUGGUAAAUUAUUAAGAAAUAAAUGGACUUGGACACGUAAUCGAUAAAAAAAUUCAAAUUUUCAAAAUAUAAAUUUAUUCUAAUAAACAAAGUUCAAAAUUUUCUAUUGGAAAUAGAAAAUUUAUCGAAGGAAAAUGUGAUUGGUUUUUCGCAAAUAUCUCUGUAAAUAUUGAGAUAUUCGAAAAAUUGCAAGACAACAUUUUUGUAGAGCUUCAAAAUCUCUACAAAAAAGGUAUCAUAUAUUUUUUUGAAAAACUGAAUAUUUAUUGAGAUAUUUUGAAUUUAAAAUUUAAAGAGUUAAAACAUUGAAAGUUAGUUUAAAAUCGUCUGGGGUCUUCUGGACCCACGUGACUUUCAAAGGUUAAAAUAAGGAGAAUUUUUAGAAAUUUGGAAAAGUUUUUGACUCCAGACAUUUUCAAUGUCGAUUAGUUUCUUAAGAAUAAAAAAUUUCCACAUCUAUGAAAAUUAAUUUUUAAAAAGUAAUCGAUAGUUUAAAAUAAAUUUGACUUUUGAAUUGCUGUAACUUUUAAACGAUUGAAUUUUGAGACUUGGGUUUUCCGAACAAACUGAUAGAGAAUAAAAUUCUCUACAAAAAUAUCUACAGCAACUAUUUUUUUUUACUCAAAAAAGUCUCCUGUCAAAAAAUAAAAAAAAAAUUUUCACUAAAAAUUCAUAGAAAAUUUGAAUUUUAAAAUUUGCCGCCUGUAUUUAAACUGCAAAAUUUUGCUAAUAAUUUUCUAUGUCAGCCUAAAUUUUUUCCAUACGGAAACAAAAAAAAAUUUUUUUUUUUUAAACAGUAAUAUAUAUGUAUAUAUAUGUAUAUAUAUAUAUAUAUAAAUAUAUGUAUGUAUAAAUAUGUAUAUUAGAGUCCUGAUGUGUGGUUGAGGUAAUCUGAGGUCCUGUGAUCGUUAAUAAGCGAAAUAUUUUUUUAUUUUUCGAACAACGUAACAUUUGCGUCGGUUUCGAAUAAUCUUUUAUUAAAAAAGUAAAUUAACAAUUUGCAAUAUAAACAAAAUGAAAUAAAUAAUAAAUAAAUAAUUAAUGUAAUGUAAAAUAAAGGAUUUAAAAUCGUUACGUUCUCGCAAUAUUAAAAGAAAAUUAUUAAAAUAAUUAAAUGGGAACUUUAAAUAAUUUAAAAUGGGGAUGGGAGAGAUUUAUUGUUCUGAUAAUAUAUUCAAAUAAUUAUUAUUAUUAUUAUUAUGAUUAUUAUUAUUAUUACUAAUAUUAUUAUUGUUUUUAAAAAUUAAAAUUUUUACCACCAAUUGGCUUUGAACAAUUGAAUUGUUUUAUUUAUUAUUAUUAUUUUUCUAAACAUUUUUUCACUCGAUAAAUUCGGAUGUGUCAAUUUUAACGUGGCUUAGUGAGAUUUUAAAUUAAAUAACUAGGGACAAGAUUUUUGCCUUAUUUUUUAAAUGAAUAGUUCAAAUUUUGGAUAUU